UAAAACUGAGCCUCUCACGUCCCAUGCAUUUGCGCUCCAUGCUAACAAAAAAUGGACCUCAUCUCCUCCUCCUCCUCCUUUCUCCUCAUUCUGACCUCACUCUUGGUCGCUGCCGCUGCCGCCGCCGCCGCCGCCGUGAACGACACGGCCGUCCUCUCUCUAUUCCGCUCCCAGACCGACCUUCACGGCACACUCCUCUCGAACUGGACCACCUCCUCCGGCCCCGCAUGCUCCGCCAACUGGCUCGGCAUCAACUGCACCAACAACCGCGUCACCGCCGUCUCCCUGCCGUCCCUCAGCCUCCGCGGCCCCAUCGACACCCUUUCCUCCCUCGACCAGCUCCGCCUCCUCGACCUCCGCUCCAACCGCCUCAACGGCACCCUCGCAGCCCUCUCCCAAUGCGCCAACCUCAAGCUCAUUUAUCUCUCUGGAAACGACUUCUCCGGCGAGAUCCCGCCGGAACUCUCCUUCCUCCACCGCCUCCGCCGCCUCGACCUCUCCAAUAACAACCUCCGCGGCCCCAUCCCCUCGCAAUUCGCCAACCUCUCGCGCCUCCUCACUCUCCACCUCCAGAACAACGACCUCUCCGGCACAAUCCCUAAAUUCCUCGAUUCAUUUCCUCUUCUCAAAGAAGUCAAUUUAUCAAACAACGAGCUCUACGGCGCCGUGCCGAAAUCCGUAAUUUCCCGAUACGGCGAGGCAAGCUUCUCCGGCAACGAAGGUCUCUGCGGGAGCAGCCCUUUCCCCAAAUGCUCAUACACAGGCGGCGAUCAUCAAUCAUCAACCAAUCAAACCGUUCCGUCAAACCCUAGCUCUCUUCCAUCCUCAACAACCGCCACAAUCGAAGAGCCAACAACAAGCAAGCAUCACAAAAAGCUUAGCAACGGCGCAAUCGUAGCAAUAGUGGUGGCAAACUCUGUUUUGGUAUUGGUAAUGGCAUCGUUCGCGGUGGCCUAUUGGUGCGGCGGCAAGCAUUCGAGGGAGAUUACAAGCUCGAGCGAGGGCGGGAAGAGGAGCAGCUAUUCCAGCGAAAAGAGAGUUUACGCUAACAACAACAACGGCGGUGGAGACAGCGACGGCACUAACGCUACCGAUAAGAGCAAGCUGGUGUUCUUCGAUAGGAAGAAGCAAUUCGAGCUCGAGGACUUGCUCCGAGCAUCCGCGGAGAUGCUCGGAAAAGGAAGCCUUGGCACAGUGUAUAAGGCGGUUCUAGACGAUGGAGGCACGGUGGCUGUAAAAAGGCUUAAAGAUGCAAACCCCUGCGGUAGGAAGGAAUUCGAGCAGUAUAUGGAUGUGAUCGGGAAGCUCCGGCAUCCUAAUGUUGUCAGAUUCAGAGCUUACUAUUACGCCAGAGAAGAGAAACUGCUCGUUUAUGAUUACAUGCCUAAUGGCUGCCUCCAUUCACUUUUACAUGGGAACAGAGGAGCAGGGAGGGUGCCAUUGGACUGGACGACGCGGCUGGGGCUGAUGCUGGGCGCUGCGCGGGGGCUAGAGAGGAUUCACCAAGAGUAUGCAGCUUCCAGAAUUCCUCACGGCAACGUGAGAUCAUGCAACGUGCUUCUGGACAAGAACGGAAACGCCUGCAUUUCGGAUUUCGGGCUGUCGUUGCUGCUGAACCCUGCUCACGCGAUUGCGAGAUUGGAAGGCUACAAGGCGCCGGAGCAGAAUGAGGAGAAGAGGCUGUCUCAGAAAGCGGAUGUGUACAGCUUCGGGGUUGUGGUGCUUGAGGUUCUGACGGGGAGGGAGGGCGCCGACCUGCCCAAGUGGGUGCAGUCGGUGGUGAGGGAUGAGUGGACGGCGGAAGUGUUCGAUCAGGAGCUGCUGAGGUACAAGAACAUAGAGGAGGAGAUGGUGUCGAUGCUGCACGUGGCGAUGGCGUGUGUGGUGGAGCUGCCGGAGAAGAGGCCGACGAUGGCGCAGGUUGUGAAGAUGAUUGAGGAUAUAAGAGUGGAGGUUUCGCCCCUGGGGGAGGACUACGAUGACUCACGGAACUCACUCUCGCCCUCCCUUCCCACAACUGAAGAUGCAUUCUAAGGGGCAGCGCAGUUGGUAACUGAGGAGGGUAGAAUUGCAAUAAGAUGCAUUCUGAUUGCUGCUACUCAACUCUACUGUCUCUCUGUCUUUUCUUGUCGCCUACGUAUUAUUUAAUUUACUGUGUUUAUCUACUACGUAUUUUGCUAUAAAUACCGGUUCAAUUUUUGGAUCUAA